UCGCUUCCCCCUCCCUCCGUUCCAGGAAGCGCAGGGCUUUAGCCGCCCUGCCCGCAGCCGCCAUGCAUUGUGGGGCAGCACUAGCAGAUCCAAGAUGGCGGCCAGCAGGAGGCUGAUGAAGGAGCUUGAAGAAAUCCGCAAAUGUGGAAUGAAAAACUUCCGUAAUAUCCAGGUUGAUGAAGCUAAUUUAUUGACUUGGCAAGGGCUUAUUGUUCCUGACAAUCCUCCAUAUGAUAAGGGAGCCUUCAGAAUCGAAAUCAACUUUCCAGCAGAGUAUCCAUUCAAACCUCCUAAGAUUACAUUUAAAACAAAGAUCUAUCACCCUAACAUCGAUGAAAAGGGGCAGGUUUGUCUGCCAGUAAUUAGUGCUGAAAACUGGAAGCCAGCAACCAAAACUGACCAAGUAAUCCAGUCCCUCAUAGCACUGGUGAAUGACCCACAGCCCGAGCACCCCCUUCGGGCUGACCUAGCUGAAGAAUACUCUAAGGACCGUAAAAAAUUCUGUAAGAACGCUGAAGAGUUUACAAAGAAAUAUGGUGAAAAGCGACCAGUGGACUAAAAUCUGACACAAUUGAUGUCAGCAACGUGUGUUAGAAGAUCCGGAGCAGUGCAUUUCAGACACACCACAAAGCAGGACUCUAUGGAAAAUUGACAAGUGCCACCUUUUGGUGUUUACUUGUGGCUGUUACUAACUUUCUACAGUUUUCUUAAUCAAAAGUGGUCUAGGUAACCUGUAAAGAAAGGAUUAAACAUUUAAGAUGUUCUAGUUCUGCUUUCUUUGUUUAAAAAUCACUGCUUCAGUAUACUUUAAAGGAUGCUGUUUCUUUUUCUUGUCAGAAUUUAUCAAAAAUAUCUUAGACUUAUAUUCUGCCCUUAAAAAUUCAAAAGGUUGUGGCUGUUAUUUCUUCUUUUCCCUUGCAGUUCCCACUAUCUUGCGUUCAUUUAAUUUUUCAUUUAAUUUUCUUCCCCCAAACUGAUGUCUUAGAAAAUAUAUUCCUGUCCUGACAGAAAAUGGUUGAAUGUUUGGCAGUUCUGUUUACUUUUCUCUUUAAAUGUUGCACUGUGCUUUGUGGAACUUAGGUUGCAAGUUCCCCUUAACUUCAGUUUGUAACAUAAUAAACAAAAACAAACCCCCACAAAAACAAUCAGAAACAAAGCCUAGGUCUUAUGUAAAUCUGGCUGAUGUUACCACAAUAAUGUUUAUUAAAUGGGGAAACCCAAGUUUUGUGUGCGUGAUUGAAUUAAAAUAUGACUUACGUGCUGGUUUCGGAAAACUGAAAACAAAAUUCUAUAGCAAAUGAAUAGUGGAAUGUGAUUAUGAAGUUCUUUCACUUUAAUUCUUAAUAUCUAUGCAGACUAGCUAGGAAAACCUUGCACAGAACAGCAUUGCAACCACUUUAGAAGAGUUUCAGAAAUUGGGGACCAAUAGGUACCAAAGUAACAAACUGUGUUUGAAUUAAAAAUCGAUACUUUUUGGAAAUGUUAAUUUUGAAAUUAAAAGUUAAAUCUGACACCACGGCUAGUCAUUUGAGUACAUCUUUCCAUCAAAAUGUAUUAUGAAACCAUCUGUAUUUUUUGGGAUGGGCCCUCCCCUGCCCCCUUCCCCUCCCAAUUAUUGUAUGAUUUUUUUUGAAAAUGGUAUGAGAAUAGCAUUAAGCAAUAAACUAAUAAAUAGAAUACAUUUCACUAGUACUGUUCAUAAAUAUCUGUAAGAAAUAAUAUACUACGCUUGAGUUAGAUGAUUCAAUGAGUAUUUAAAGUAACACUCCCUCCUACCUUAUUUUUACUUGAAUAAGUUAUUUUCCCUUCAAUCCAAGGCAUGCCUGCUCAGAUAAAAGGACUGUUCAGGACUCAAUACCCUUUAUAAUCUAACUGUUUUUCAUAUUUUUUAGCUGCCUGUUUUCCCCCCCCAAAAUCUAAAGUGAGGUCAUAGCCACACAAACCGCCUUCUCUUCCCAACCAUUAGAAUUUUGAUAUCUUAUUGAACAAGCAGGGUUAUUUCCAGAAAUUAGGAGUGCAUAUCAUUUUGAUGUGCAGGAAGCUGUAUUAGUAAAUUCUUCACACCCAGAUGGUUAUUUGUACUCCUACGAUCAGCAUUAGUACAGCAUCUGUCUUUGCAAUGUUUCAGGACUUAUGUGUGUGGGGAACAGUAGAGAGACCCUUUUGGUUUUAAUGUCUUGUAUGUUUCCUGUCUUUUCUGCUCAGCCCUUUUUAUCUAGAUCCAGCUUUGAUUUAGAAUUUAGCAUAAAGAAUGACAGCCCAGUACCUCUGUUGAAAAGUAAAACAUUUUAUAAGUGAGGGAGCUUAAGAACUUUUAUGUUUAAGUAUUCUUAGACAGAUUCUUUGGCAGGUAAAUAAAGUUAAACCAUGGUCACCUUAUUUAAGGAAACUUUCAUUUCCUAAGUGUUUUCAGGCUUGGUGAGAGCACUGUCUAUUACCAAAUUUUCACAUCUUUGUGUCUUCAUUUGCAGAAAGUUGGUACUGAUUUUGUUUCAUUCACGCUCACUGAUUCAUAAUAAAAAAAAAAUGCCAAAUUA